UCCUCCCGAUGUUAAAACUCUGCAGGUUCGUCUGCGAUGCUGCUGCAGUGUUUUGCAGUCAGACCUGAUGGACCAGACGGUGGCGCUCUGCUGCAGCACUGCACCACCAACCGGACCAGAACCAGACCCAUCAAACCCACACAGUCCAGGUCCAGGUCCCACAGGAGACUUCAGAGGUCUAAAGCCGUCAAACAAGGUUCUUCUCAACGCCGCUACCGUCGUGUGUCGCCUGCUACUGACAUCCAACAGGAGGAGGAGGAGGAGGAGGAGGAGGAGGAAGUGGAGGAGGAAGAGGUGGAGGAAGAGGUGGAGGAAGAGGUGGAGGAGGACACAGGUGAUCCCACCUGGACUCCACCUGAAGGAGCUGUGAACCUGGACCAGGAGGUCCAGCUGGACUCAGACUCACAUCAUGCACCUGUGGGUGUGGUAAAGCUGGAGCCCGACAGCACCGUAUGUGACGUGUGUGGUAAAGUGAUGAAGAACAAGUCUAGUCUGGCCCGACACUCCUUCAUCCACACGGGGAAGAAGCCGUUCGGCUGCCAUCUUUGUGAACUCCGCUUCAACCGCAGAGACAACCUGCAGCACCACCUGAGCCGUCUGCACCCGAACGGUGUCGCCAAGCUGGAGAAGCAGCGCGCGGUCCAGGCCUGGCUGUGUGCGGCGUGCGGUAAGACCUUCAGCUGCAGGUCCAGGCUGAAGACCCACGAGGUCAUCCACUCGGGGAUCAAACCUCACCGCUGUGAUCUCUGCCCCAAAGCCUACAUGAGGACCAACGACCUCGAGCACCACAAGAAGAUCGCUCACGUCCGUGGCGCCACCGAGCCGCAGACGCCGAACUUGCUGCUCUGCGACCUCUGCGGCAAAGAGUUCAAGUGCCGGUCGCAGCUGGCGGUCCACUUCCAGACUCACACCGGCGAACGGCCGCACCUCUGCGACGUCUGCGGACGCAAGUUUGGCCGUCAGUACCAGCUGAAGCGCCACAAGGUCCUGGUUCACGCCAACCAGGCCGACGGCUACGAGAACCCGCCGCCUGAGUCGCAGUUCGCCUGCGGCAUCUGCGGUAAGCGGCUGAAGACCGAGGCGCUGCUCGCCGCUCACUCUCGCAUCCACUCGGGCGACAAGCCUUACCGCUGCGGCGUCUGUCUGCGCGGCUUCCAGCGUGCCACCUGCCUUAAGCAGCACCACCUGCGCAUCCACCUGAGGGUGAAAGUUAAUGAGGGGUCGCACGCCGCGGGCCGCCGGAGGAGCACGGCGCCGGUCAAAGCGUUCCCGUGUCCGAUCUGCGGCAAGGUUUUCAAAUUCAAGUCGCUGCUGGCGAGUCACUCGCUGAUCCACAGCGAUAACCGACCGUACGGCUGCGACUUCUGCAGCCGCAGCUUCCGGCGCCUCGGACACCUGAAGAGGCACCGUGAGGUCGUCCACGCCGACGGGGCGAAGCUGCCGCAGAGCUUUGUCUGUCACAUCUGUGGCAAAGACAAGAAGUGCCGCUCGCAGCUCGCCAGACACGUGGUCGUCCACACCGGAGAGCGUCCGUUCGCCUGUGACCUCUGCGCUGCGCGCUUCAACCGCAGAGGGAACUUGCAGCAGCACAGGAAACGCAUGCACGGUGUGGGGGCGGAGCCUGUGGAGGAGGCCCCGCCCAUCCUGUUUGACGACGACAUGACGCCCGCUCUGACUUACAAACAGGAAGAGACGGUGGUGGCCGUCGACGACAUGGAGGUCGUCACUGAGCACGCUCAGUCCUCCAAAUCUUAGACCCUUACACGAGGUUCUUCUGACAGAACGCUGCUAGAACCUCAGGAGAACCUCAGUAGAACCUCCCGAGGGACCAGAGACGCUUUCUGUUUGUCUGAAGGAUCAAUUCUGUUCUGUCUCUUUAAUAAAGAUGUGAUUGAUCAGAGAUCAAUAAUCAAUUCAUCAUUAUUGUUUCUGUUCUUUUGUUCAGCCUGAAAUCUGCUCAACUGUAAAGCUCCUCCACCUCCUUCCUCUU